AUGAUCAUCUUUUUUAUUAGAGCCUUUAUUUUUUUCUGUCUAAUAUGGAUAUUCAAAUAUUCUGAUGAGUCAAAUAUCUGCGAUAAAACUCGGAACAAGGAAUUGAACAGAAAUAACAUAUUAAAUAAUAAAUAUAGCAGAUUGUUAAGCACUGAAAUAAGUGCAUCGCUGGAAGAUAAACAUAAAUGUUUAAAAGAAAAAAUAUAUGAUUUAAAAGGAAAAAGUACUGCAUCAUUUGAAAAAAAACCAUAUGCAUUAAAGCAAAAUAACCUUUUUCAAGAAGAAGAUAAUGAAUCAAUAUACGAUGAUAAUACGUAUAAAGAAGAAUUGAAUUAUUUUAUGCCACGUAUAAAACCUCAAAAACUUGGAGCUUCUAACGUUAAGCAUAAUUUAAAAGAAAAAUCUUCUACAUUAAAACAUUAUAAUAAUAUUCAGAACAAUAAAAACCUACACAAAUCUUUAAAAAAGUUAUACUCAGAGAAUGAUUCAUCUUUAGACAACAUCAGCUCAAGUAAUAAACGUAAUUGUAUUAUUAAGAAAGAUAAAAUUAAUUUUAGUAUAAAACAUGAUCAUAAACAUCCAAUAAGAUCUGCAAUUUCCUUUCUCCCUAUUAUUACUUUAGCAGUGAUAAUUUUUGCAUUGCUGUAUUUUCCGUUAAUUGGGAUUUUUAUUUUGUAUCUCUAUAUCCAAAAACGCCAAAAAUAA